AAGAGAAGAAGAAGCUUCACAAUCGCAACAAUGGCGGAGAAGAAGCCAUUUCUCAAACUUCUUCCUCUUGUUCUUCUUCUGCUUCACUUCCCUUUCUCAUUCUCUACCAUACCUCUCGGCUCUGUUAUUUUCGCCUCCGGUUCCAACCAGAAUUGGCCAUCUCCAAAUUCCACUUUCUCCGUCUCUUUUGUACCAGCUUCUUCACCUAAUUCAUUCCUCGCCGCCGUUUCUUUCGCCGGAAACGUUCCGAUAUGGUCAGCGGGAACCGUUGACUCUCAAGGAUCUCUUCGACUUCUCAAAUCCGGCUCUCUCCGUCUUACCAACGGCUCCGGAACCACAGUCUGGGAUUCUAAAACUGAUCGUCUCGGUGUUACUUCCGGUUCGAUUGAAGAUUCCGGUGAAUUUAUUCUCCGCAACAACCGAAGCAUUCCGGUUUGGUCUUCCUUCGAUAAUCCGACGGAUACAAUCGUCCAAUCGCAGAAUUUCACCGUCGGUAAGAUUCUCCGAUCUGGUCUUUACUCGUUUCAGUUAGAGAGAAGUGGGAAUCUUACUCUUAGGUGGAACACUAGCACUAUUUACUGGAAUCUUGGUCUCAAUUCUUCGAUUAGCUCGAAUCUAACGUCUCCUAGCUUAGGUUUAGUAUUACGGACUAAUGGAGUUGUGUCGAUCUUUGAUUCGAAUCUUCGUGGCGGAGUUGACACCGUUUACAGUGGCGAUUACGGUGAUAGCGAUACUUUUAGGUUUUUGAAGUUAGAUGAUGAUGGAAAUUUGAGAAUUUACAGUUCUGCGAGUAGAAACAGUGGACCUGUGAAUGAUCAUUGGUCUGCUGUUGAUCAGUGCCUUGUUUAUGGAUAUUGUGGGAACUUUGGGAUUUGUAGUUACAACGAUACUAAUCCGAUUUGCUCGUGUCCGUCUGGUAACUUUGAUUUUGUUGAUGUGAAUGAUAGAAGAAAGGGAUGCAGAAGAAAAGUGGAGCUAAGUGAUUGCUCUGGUAACACAACUAUGCUUGAUUUGCCUCACACAAGGUUAUUUACAUACGAAAACGAUCCAAACUCAGAAAUUUUCUUUGCGGGUAGUUCGCCUUGUAGAGCUAAUUGUCUUAGUAGCGUUACUUGUCUUGCUUCUGUCUCUAUGUCUGAUGGGUCAGGCAAUUGUUGGCAAAAACAACCUGGUUCCUUCUUUACCGGGUAUCAGAGGCCAUCGGUUCCGAGUACUUCUUAUGUUAAAGUGUGUGCUCCAGUGGUUUCUAACCCACCUUUGAUUGCAACAAAAGUUGACAGUAACAACUCGAAAGUGCAUUUGUGGAUUGUCGCAGUUGCUGUAAUGGCUGGGCUUCUUGGUUUGGUUGCAGUAGAGGUAGGUCUCUGGUGGUGUUGCUGUAGAAAGAAUCCUCGGUUUGGAACUUUAUCGUCUCACUACACUUUGCUUGAGUACGCUUCUGGUGCACCUGUGCAGUUUACCUAUAAGGAGCUGCAGCGUUGCACCAAAAGGAAGUUCUUGACUUGGGAGUAUCGGUUUAGCAUUGCGCUUGGGACGGCAAAGGGAAUAACUUACCUCCACGAGGAGUGCCGCGACUGCAUUGUACACUGCGACAUUAAACCCGAGAACAUUCUCGUGGAUGACAAUUACGCUGCCAAAGUCUCGGACUUUGGACUCGCCAAACUCUUGAACCCAAAAGACAACAGAUACAACAUGAGCAGCGUUAGAGGAACAAGAGGCUAUUUAGCGCCUGAGUGGCUCGCAAAUCUUCCCAUAACCUCAAAAUCGGAUGUCUAUAGCUAUGGAAUGGUUCUACUAGAGCUAGUCAGUGGAAAAAGGAACUUUGAUGUCUCGGAAAAAACGAACCACAAGAAAUUCUCGAUCUGGGCAUUCGAGGAGUUUGAAAAGGGCAACACCGAGGCAAUCCUAGACACACGUUUAGGCGAAGAUCAAACUGUUGAUAUGGAACAAGUGAGGAGAAUGGUUAAGACAAGCUUCUGGUGCAUACAAGAGCAGCCAUUGCAGAGGCCCACAAUGGGGAAAGUGGUUCAAAUGCUAGAAGGAAUCACAGAGAUAAAGAAGCCGCCAUGUCCAAAGACCAUAAGCGAAGUAUCGUUUUCAGGGAACAGUAUGAGCACAAGCCAUGCAUCUAUGUUGGUUGCUUCAGGUCCGACUCGAUCAUCCUCUUCGUCUGCUACACGGUCUUUUCAGACAAUGGGGAUCACAUCGUCUGGACCGGCUUCCACAAGGAUCAGUGAAGGCUCUAUGCUUGGAUCAUAAAAAUUGUUGUAUUGUGAUUUUUUUUUUUUUUCGGUCAGUUGUAUUGUGAUUAGUAAUGUCUAGGUUUGUUUUAAUUUACUUAUUGCAUACGUUAUAAUUGUAUAGGAACACUGCAAAGGGAAUAAGUAUUUAUCUUUUUU